ACAAUUUCCACUACUUUACACACAGCAGCCCCAACCACCACUCACUUCCUAUAUAUACACUCUACACUAACAACAUUCCUACACAACUCCCAUUCAUCACUUCUCAAACCAACACAAAAUGGUUGCCGACAGAAAAAUCAUCGACCAAGUCUCCGGCUGGCUCACGGUCUACGACGACGGUUUCGUCGAUCGGUCAUGGACCGGACCACCACAAUUUAAGUUCAUGUCCGACCCUGUCCCACCACACCAUCAUUUCAUUGAUGGAGUUGCCACACAUGACUUGUUGAUUAAUUCCAAGUCCGGUCUCCAUGCUCGGGUAUACCUACCCGAGGUACCAGAGACCGGAAAGCUGCCAAUCCUCCUCCACUUUCACGGAGGAGGAUUUUGUAUCAGCCAGCCAGACUGGUACAUGUACUACAACAUAUACACACGUAUCGCCCGCGAAGCGGGCGCCAUAGUCGUUAGCCCCUUCCUCCGUCUCGCCCCGGAGCACCGCCUCCCCGCAGCCUUAGAUGACGGGUAUUCAACCCUUCUCUGGCUCAGAGACGUGGCAAAUGAUGAAACGUACGAUUCAGGGCUGUCCACUAAGGGAGAUUUUAACCGUGUCUUCCUUAUUGGAGACAGCUCUGGUGGGAACAUAGUCCACCAGGUGGCGAAAAAGGCAGCCGAAGAAAACCUCCAUCCGGUAAGACUAGCCGGAGCAAUCCCCAUCCACCCGGGGUUUGUCCGGUCGGUGAGAAGCAAGUCGGAGUUGGAAAAACCGCAAUCUCCCAUGCUAACUCUUGACAUGUUGGAUAAGUUUUUGAGCAUGGGGCUGCCGGAAGGUAGCACGAAAGACGGCCCGAUAACAUGUCCGAUGGGGGAGGAGCUGCAGGGGGUGGAGCUGCCGCCGUAUCUGCUGUGUGUGGCGGAGGAGGACCUUGUGAUUGAUACAGAAAUGGAGUUCUAUGAAGGGAUGAAGAAAGAUGGAAAAAAGAUUGAGUUGUUGGUGAGUGAAGGAGUAGGACACAGCUUUUAUCUUAACAAAAUCGCCAUUGAUAUCGACCCAAUCACCUCCCAACAGACUAGUAAAAUGAUCCAGGCGAUCUCCCACUUUGUGGCUAAUCAUUAAUAUUAUUUUGUUAUGAUUGUGUUGCACCUUUAUCUAUCAUAUAUAUCUAUAACUAUAUAUCAAUGUUAUGAAUAAAAACAUUCACUUUUCAUAAAUUAUUA